CCAAAACUGACACGACACAAAAACUUUGGUUUCUCCGUCUUUGUUGGAGAAAUGCAUUCACAUCCACUUCUUACCAAAAAUAAAUAUUUAAUUUUUAAAAGGCCUUCUUGUUUUUUCAGAUGAACACUCUUCAGAUGCCUUGUGCCUUAUUGAUCCAGAUUCGAAAUACCCAACUUUACUCUCUAGAGCUCUUUCAUGGCAGCUACUCCCACUCACUUCUCUGUCUCCCAUGAUCCUUUUUCUUCCACGUCUCUCCUUAAUCUGCAAACUCAAGCUAUCUUUGGUCCCAAGCACAGUUUAAAGAAAACCCAGUUGAGAAUUCCAGCUUCUUUCAGAAGAAAAGAUUUAAACUUGCAAGUGAUGGCUUCAGGAAAGACACCUGGACUGACUCAGGAAGCUAAUGGGGUUGCAAUUAAUAGACAAAAUGACAAUGAUGUAUUUGACGACAUGAAACAGCGGUUCCUCGCCUUCAAGAAGCAUAAGUACAUGGAUAACUUAGAACACUACAAAAAUUUGGCAGAUGCUCAAGCUCCAAAGUUUCUGGUGAUCGCUUGUGCAGACUCUAGGGUUUGUCCUUCUGCUGUCCUGGGAUUCCAACCGGGUGACGCAUUCACUGUUCGUAACAUUGCAAAUUUAGUACCUUCAUAUGAGUCUGGACCUACUGAAACCAAAGCUGCUCUAGAGUUCUCUGUGAAUACUCUUAAUGUGGAAAACAUCUUAGUCAUUGGUCAUAGCCGCUGUGGAGGAAUUCAAGCUUUAAUGAAAAUGGAAGACGAAGUCGAUUCCAGAAGUUUCAUACAAAACUGGGUAGUUGUGGGGAAGAAGGCAAAAGAAAGCACAAAAGCUGUUGCUUCAAACCUCCAUUUUGAUCACCAGUGCCAACAUUGUGAAAAGGCGUCGAUAAAUCAUUCAUUAGAAAGGCUGCUUGGUUACCCGUGGAUAGAAGAGAAAGUGCGGCAAGGGUCACUGUCUCUCCAUGGCGGGUACUAUAAUUUUGUUGAUUGUACAUUCGAGAAAUGGACAGUGGAUUAUGCAGCAAGCAGAGGUAAGAAGAAGGAAGGCAGUGGAAUCGCUGUUAAAGACCGGUCAGUUUGGUCUUGACUUACGACUAUCUCAAUCUUCAUAGUUUUUUUUUUUUUUUUUUUUUUUGCAUAAUUUAUAGAGAAAAAUCAAACCCCUUGAGGUGGGAUUAUCAUGUGUUUGUUCCACUUGUGUGUGAAGUCAUUUUCUUCUUCUGUCUUAUUAGGCUAAAACUUGGGAGACCCCUUCAGGGACUUAUGUUUGUUUUAUCUUCCAUUUGUUUCGUUUAAAUUCCACAUUUGUGCAAUGAACUGAUUAGUUUUUCAUUAAGAUA